UGUGGAGCCAUGGCCGAGGAGCGCGGCUCCUGGGGGGGCCUGACCGGGCUGCAGAAGAUAGCGCUGGGCCUCGGGAUCCCGGCCAGCGCUGCCAUCCUCUACAUCUUAUACCGCCGGUACCAGGAGGACCAAGAAAACUGGGUCCCCUUCGUGGGGGAGGAGGAGAUUGAAGCAGAGGUGAAGGUGCCACAGGAGGCUGUGAAGGUCCUCAUCGGGCGGCACGGGGCCCGCGUGAAGCAGCUGCGGAAGGACACCCGUGCCCGCAUCAACGUGGACCUGGAGGAGUCCGGCAAGGAGCGGCUGAUCCGGAUCUGCGGCUCCCCCGCUGAGGUGUGCAAGGCCAAGGCCGCCAUCCACCAAAUCUUGGCAGAGAGCUUGCCGGUGACGGAGAAGAUCUACGUGCCGCAUUGGGCGGUCGGGCGAAUCAUUGGGAGGGGCGGGGAGACGGUGAGAGCCAUGUGCCGCAGCACCGGGGCCAAGAUCAGCUGUGACCGGGAAGGGGAGGGGGCCCUCUCGAUCACCCGCCUCAUCACCCUCUCUGGGACUCGCAAGGAGGUCCAGGCUGCCAAGGAACUGAUCCACGAGAAGCUGUCGGAUGAUGAAGUUUUCCGCAGGAAGCUGUCUCAAUCCGUGUCAACGCGCUCUCAGCGGAAGCAGGCUCUGGGCACCCGGCGGGAAGCAGGAGCUGGUGAUCAGGGAAAGCUGCCUUCCCUGGCCGCAGAGCCUUCCUCUCCGACGCUGGACCCUGGGCACCGCCGGGAGGCCGGAGAUGGGCUUCCGGAUUAUCCCUCGGACUCCCAGGAGCUGAGGAGCAGAGCAGGGUCCCCGAAAAACCCCUGGUCGGGUGCUGCUGGGCCAAGCUCUGCUUUUGAAGUCCCCAGCCCGGAUUUCAGCAUCCAUGCCAAUGAGCACUUAGAGGUCUACGUCUCAGCCAGCGAGAACCCCGGCCACUUCUGGAUCCAGAUCGUCGGCUCGCGGGCCCUGCAGCUGGACAAGCUCGCUCGGGAGAUGACGCAGUACUACGAGGGUGGCGGCGCGCCGGAAGCCCAGAGCGUGCAUGUGGGGGACAUUGCGGCGGCCUUCUAUCCGGAUGAUCGUUCCUGGUAUAGAGCCCGGGUCCUUGGGACCUUGGCCAGUGGGAAUCUGGACCUUUACUACGUGGAUUUUGGAGACAACGGAGAGGCGCCUCUGGAGAAGCUGCGGCCAUUGCGGGCUGACUUCCUUGGCCUUCCCUUCCAGGCCAUUGAGUGUGGCCUGGCCGGCGUGGCUCCCGCUGGGGAACGCUGGGAAGAAGCCGCCCUGGAUGAAUUUGACCGCCUCGCCCAUUGCGCCAAGUGGAAGCCGGUGAUCGCCAAGAUCUCCAGCUACGUGCCGUCCGGGAGCAGCAUGUGGCCACGUGUCCGCUUGUACAACCCCACCGAUGGGCAGAACGUCGAUGUGGGAGAGGAACUGAUACGGUUGGGCUACGCCGUGCGGACGUUGCAGGACAGAGACGAGGCCUCCUGCCCGUUCGACGAAGGGGAGGCCUUGAGCAAGACCCUGGGAAACCAGACCAGCAUGUCCUUGGAGAACCUUCUCUCGGAUACGCAGCAGAGCCCUGAUGAGAUGCCGCUCAGCUUGUCCUGCCCCAGCCUUUCAGAGGUCGCCUCCACGUCAGAAGGGGGGGACCUGAUCCUGUUGGAGGAGAACUCGUUGACGCCACGAGCCCCAGAGAUCCCGGGACCCCAGGAAGGCUGAUCCUCUGCCUGGAACGGAACGGAGGGAGCCUUGUUCCUUUAAGGCGCCACGGGAAGAUCCCACCCGCCUGAGGGACUGUUUUGGCAUCUCCGGGGGACGUGUGGCCACCAGCUGUCCCUCGGCCCCACAAGAGGGAGCUUUACUACUGCUCUUCAGCUACAUUUGGAUAGUUUUUGGAUGGCUGGACGGGGGCUGAUCCGAGCUGGUUUUGACCAAAUAUAAGCUGCCUGCAUCUCCGUUUUCUCUGUGCCAGGCUGGGAAGUUCCAAGGGAGGGGCCUGGCUGGCCAUUUCUCCCCCAGAACAUGACUGUUUGUGUUCAAGUUGGGCUGUUAGAAUCCAUCCCUCCUUUCUUACCCAAAACACCUUUUGGCCCCCAUCUGUCCGGAAAAGGUUGGGGUAGCCUGAUUUCUCUUGGCCUGAGCCCCAGCGCCUGGUACCCCGUGCUGUUGAUCUGAAGCCAGGAAAAGGUUGUCGGAAAGGACAGGGACAAUCUGGGGACGAGGGAGGGUUGGUUCUGCCAGAGUUGAGUUCUGCUUCGACCCUGCUGGGGCGGGAAAAAUACACAGAGUGUUGAAACGUGAAGGGCCGUGGCGAGAUGGCUGCGGAGAACGUUGAAGGGAGCGCUCUCGGUUUUAUUUUUGUCUGAAAUAAAGGCUGGCGUUUGGCA